GUUUGUUGCGAAGUGGGGGGCCCCGGCUCCGGCAUUAUAAAGGGCGCCACGAGACGGCAUUGUCAGGCGGCAGCACCGCGCGGGCGGGAGCUCGGUUGUGGGCUGGCUGGUGGGUUCUCGUGCGGUCGCGGCCCGGGAGAAGGAGACGGAGCUGGAAAAGCUCCGUCGCGUGACUGAGGGGAGGCCUCAGCAGCGCGAGCUUGAGUGCGGCCGAGCUCGCGGCGCCUUUCCCUGCGGGUGGGGACGAGCGGGCCCCGCGGCGUCAUCGGCGGCGAGGAGCCGCCGCGCUUCGGCCUAGGAUGUCGGAAGCGGGCGAGGAGCAGCCCAUGGAGACGACGGGUGCCACCGAGAACGGACACGAGGCCGCCCCCGAAGGCGAGUCGCCGGCCGGGGCUGGCGCGGGCGCCACGGCAGGGGCUGGAGGCGCGACCGUGGCGCCCCCGAGCGGGAAUCAGAACGGCGCCGAGGGCGACCAGAUCAACGCCAGCAAGAAUGAGGAAGACGCGGGAAAAAUGUUCGUUGGUGGCCUGAGCUGGGAUACCAGCAAAAAAGAUUUAAAAGACUAUUUUACUAAAUUUGGAGAGGUGGUUGACUGUACAAUAAAAAUGGAUCCCAACACUGGACGGUCAAGAGGGUUUGGGUUUAUCCUGUUCAAAGAUGCGGCCAGUGUGGAGAAGGUUCUAGACCAGAAGGAGCACAGGUUGGAUGGCCGUGUCAUUGACCCUAAAAAGGCCAUGGCUAUGAAGAAGGACCCGGUGAAGAAAAUCUUUGUCGGGGGUCUGAAUCCUGAAGCCACUGAGGAAAAGAUCAGGGAGUACUUCGGCGAUUUUGGGGAGAUUGAGGCCAUUGAACUUCCAAUAGAUCCUAAGUUGAACAAAAGACGAGGUUUUGUGUUUAUCACCUUUAAAGAAGAAGAACCUGUAAAGAAGGUUCUGGAGAAAAAGUUUCAUACUAUCAGUGGAAGCAAGUGUGAGAUCAAGGUGGCCCAGCCUAAAGAAGUUUAUCAGCAGCAGCAGUAUGGCUCUGGGGGCCGUGGAAACCGCAACCGAGGGAACCGAGGCAGCGGAGGUGGUGGUGGAGGUGGAGGUCAGAGUCAGAGUUGGAAUCAGGGCUACGGCAACUACUGGAACCAGGGCUACGGCUACCAGCAGGGCUACGGGCCUGGCUAUGGCGGCUACGACUACUCGCCCUAUGGCUAUUACGGCUACGGCCCCGGCUACGACUACAGUCAGGGUAGUACAAACUACGGCAAGAGCCAGCGACGUGGUGGCCAUCAGAAUAACUACAAGCCAUACUGAGGCGGCAGCAGGAGCGACCAACUGACUGCACACAUGCUUUGUUUGGAUAUGGAGUGAACACAAUUAUGUACCAAAUUUAACUUGACAAACUUUCUAUGGCCUGUCCCAUGUGCAUCUUAUUUAAAAUUUCCCCCAUGGAAAUCACUCUCCUGUUUACUAUUUCCAGAGCUCUAGUUGUUUAGGCAGGGUGUGGUAUCUGAGAGGCCAGAGUGGCAUUAUGGGCUGAUUUUUAUUACCAGGUCCCCCAGAACCAGAUGGGAGGCUCUGCUUCCUGCUGCUGCUCUGCAGCCUGAACCUGUGGGCCCUGGUUGUAAAGAGCAAAUUGUAUCUUAGGAAACCAGUGUCACCUUUUUUUCACCUUUUAAUUUUAUAUUAUUUGUGUCAUACAUUUCCUGUAAUGGAAGUGUUAAUUUUACUGUACUUUUUGGUACCUUUUGGGAAUCUAAUGUAUUGUAAGGUAUUUUACACGUGUCCUGAUUUUGCCACAACCUGGAUAUUAAAGCUAUCCAAGCUUUUGAAAUAAAAAUUUAAAAACCCCCAA